AUGGAAGUGAAAAAGGAAGUGAAAAAUUACACAGAAAACUCUAUCAAAAAAUAUACUCAGGUGAUGUCAGAACUUGAAAGCAGAGAAGUAGGAAAAGAUAAAACCAACAGACAGGGAGACCACGCCUUCACGCUGCCCGAGUCUUCUGAGCUGUCUGCAGUCACCAACAUGUCUUGGGUCUUGCUUUCUGUGCUCUGCUUCAUCAUUCAAACUCAAGCAAUAGCCAUAAAGCAAACUCCUGAAUUGAACCGCCAUGAAAGAGUUUAUCCUGAAAUACUACACAAUUUACACAAAAGAGGGAUUGAGAACAACCAGACAGAGAAACAUGCUAAAGAGGGAACUUAUACUGAAGUUCAGUAUCUGAUUAGACUAAAUGGAGAAGAAAUCAUUCUUCACCUGCACAAAGCCAAGCAUGUCCUGGGGCCAGAAUACACUGAAACACAUUAUUCACCUGGAGGAGAGGAAAUAACCAGGAGCUCUCAGAACACGAAACACUGUUACUAUGAAGGUCACAUCCUGAAUGAGAAGGAUUCUAUUGCCAGCAUUAGCACCUGUGAUGGGUUGAGAGGUUACUUCACACAUCAUGGCCAAAGAUACCUGAUCAGGCCUCUGCAAAGAGCUGACAAGAGCGAACAUGUUGUCCUUACCUACAAUCAGGAGGAACCAGACAGGGCAAAUCUCACGUGCAGUGUGAGAAGAUCUGGCAGGAAACAAGGCCGUCGUAGAAUGUCCAGGUCGCUCAAAAGUGUAAAGCCAGGAGACGUUUUUCAGGGACAGAAGUAUAUUGAUCUCUUUUUGGUGCUGGAUAAUGCCUUUUACAAGAUGUAUAAUGGGAAUCUCACUGUGAUGAGAAACCUUCUGUUUAAUGUGAUGAACCUACUCAAUGUGAUGUAUAACACUAUAGAUAUUCAAGUGGCCUUGGUAGGUAUGGAAGUCUGGUCUGACGGUGAUAAGAUCAAGGUGGAACCCAACAUAUUCAACACAUAUGAGAAUUUCCUGAAGUGGCACAGUUCUACCUGGGGGAAAAAGAAGAUCCAUGAUCAUGCUCAGCUUCUCAGUGGAAUCAGCUUCAACAAUCGGCGUGCAGGAAUGGCAGCCCCGAAUUCCUUGUGCUCCCCAGCUUCGGUUUCUGUCGUUGAGGGUAAACAUAAAGAUAGCGUGGCUCUUGUAGCACUGAUGUCCCACGAGUUGGGCCAUGUCCUCGGUAUGCUUGACAUUCCAUACACCACCCAGUGUCCCUCUGGCAGCUGUGUGAUGAGUCAAUAUCUGAGUUCAAAAUUCCCAAAGGAUUUUAGUACCACCUGCCGCUCACAUUUUCAAAAAUAUCUUCUAUCUAAAAAACCGAAGUGCCUGCUACAACCACCUAGUCCUAAAAAUGUAAUAACAAAACCCAUGUGUGGGAACCACCUUCUGGAAACAGGAGAAGACUGUGACUGUGGCUCUCCUAAGAAAUGCGCUGAUCCUUGCUGUGUCGCCGUUACCUGCAAAUUUAGAAGUGGACCAGGCUGCCGAGAAGGCACUGCCAGCCGCACCACAAAAUGAAUCACAGUCUACUUCACUGAGAAGCCACUUUGCAAGACUCAAGAGCUCUAACCACGCCAGACCCAGGAAUUUCUCCAUAUCUUGGUUUCUGUAUCCAUGCAUUCAAUCAACCACUGAUUCAAAAGAAUCACCUCUGUACUAAACACAGGGACUUUUGUCUUGUCAUUAUUUUCUUUAAAAAUCAGCACUACAGCUACUUUUCACAGCAUCUUUUUUGUAUUAGAAAUUAGAAGUAACCUAGAAAUAAUUUAGAGUGUAGAGGAGAAUGUGUGUAGGUUAUAUGCCAAUAUUGUACCAUUUUAUAUAAGGGACCGAAGCAUCGAAGGAUUUUGGCAUCUAUGGGGGUGCAGGAAAGAAACCCUGUAGAUAGCAAUAGAUGUUUUUCACUUGUCUUUUUCCUCUCUAAUAUUUGUACCAGCCAACUGUUAAGCAGAUGUACUUUGAGAAGUUGCCUAUGUAGUUAGAGCUAAUCACCAAUGUGUUUCUAAGGAGCAUGAAACUUUGGCUUGGUUCUGUCCUUUAGAGAACUGAAAAAAAAUUAGCCUUUGAUUAAAGUACCCCAGAAUGCAUGGCUGAGGUAUUCAGAGUUAAUCCAAAAUCAUAAAUUACAAGUGACUUGUACCAUAACUCUACAUUCAUUUUAUUAGCACAACCUAGGAGAACCUCAUGUGGGAAGCUUUACGUUCUCCAUGCCUUGCCCUUGUAAGUGUUCUGCUUUUCCAGUGCACAUGAAGAUCCAUUAAAUGUAAACAUUUCUCAUUUUAUCAAAUAUGAU